CGAAUACUUCGUGACGUCUACGUCUGUUUUUUUAUAAAAAAUUCAAUGGAAACAAGUAUUACUACAUCAUUCAACCUUUCUUAUGAAGCUUUACGUGAAAAGUUUGCACGUCUUCAGCUUCUUGAAAAACAACGAAAAAAAACAUCAUUAACACCUUCUUCGCCAUGGUCUAUAAUGGAUUCUCAAGAAACAAGAAAUCUUUCAAGAAAUCGAUAUUAUGAUAUUGUUCCAUAUGACAAAUGUAGAGUAAAAUUAGUCGAUCAAGAAAAUGAUUAUAUUAACGCGUCAUACGUUUUUCUUCCAAAUGGUCAGAAAUAUAUAGCAGCACAGGGACCACUACAAUCCACUAUAUCACAUUUUUGGAGUAUGAUAUGGCAUGAACUUGAUAAUAACGGCAUUAUUUUAAUGCUUACAAAAGCGGAAGAACAAGGCAUUGAAAAAUGUGCUAAAUAUUGGCCAGAAGAGAAACAAGAAGCGUUAAUCAUUACAGAAGUGUCCUUAAAAGUGGAAUUUGUUGAAGUAAAAUAUGAAGAGAAGACAGAAAGCAUCAUCCGUCAUUUAAGAUUAUCAAAACUUGGAGAAAAUAAGUCAGAAUUAGUAAAACAUAUCUUUCAUGUAUAUUUUGGGAACUGGCCUGAUCAUAGUGUUCCCCAAGACCUUCAACCUAUUAUGGAUCUUAUCUCUUUGAUUACUAAUAUAAGAAAAAAGAAAGAUGAUAUUAUUCUUGUUCAUUGUAGUGCAGGCUGCGGUCGAACUGGAACUUUUAUUGUUCUAGAUUAUUUAAUAUCAACAUUGUCCGAAUUUAAAAAUGAUUCAAGUAAGAAAAAUCAUAUUUUUGACGACGACAAGGACCCUAUUUUCGAUGUCAUUAACCAUAUUAGAGAACAGAGAAUGGUUAUGGUUCAGGUAUUACUUAUUCAAUACAUAAUAUUACAAUAUUUAUAUACAACAGAGCUUUUCACAAUUAGAACUUAUCUAUAAAAUGGCAGAAUAUUUUCUAAACCAUAAUAACCAUUCUUAAAAAUAUCAUAUAGACAAUAAUUAAUAUGCACUAUUUUCAACAUAAUUAUUUAUGCAUCGCAUUAG